UUUUUUUUUUUUUUUUUACCUUUUGCUACUUUUUUACAAUUUCUUGCUGAUAAAGAAAAAAAGAGAGAGAGAGGAAGCAUCACUAUCUGGGGAAAAUGAAAUCAUCAUCAUUCCGUAAUUAUAUAUAUAAAUAAAUAUUUCUUUUCCUUUUUGUUUUGUGUGAUUGCUGUUUGGCUCCGAAUUUUAUAUCCAGAUUUCAUUUUUAUCUCCUUUGUUGAUCGGUGAGCACACAAAAAAAAAAAAAAAAAAAUCUAAAAUAAUCGCAAAAGAAAGAACAUAGUAGGAGGAGGAUCAUCAACAGCGGAUUUCGAUAGCUUGAGAAAGUUGACUCUUCUUAAUUGGAUUCCUUGUCUUCAUUCCUGGGUUUUCUCUUCUUCUGGGUGCUCCCCAAUUUCACCUUGCGACCCCAGGAAGGAAGACAAAAAACGGAAAAUCACCCAUUUGAAUGAGGACGUCUAAUUAUGCACGAAUUGGACCUAGAUGGGCGUUUCUCUUCUGAAACAACAACACCGUAUUACGAAUCAAGCUCAUACUUUUUCUAGACUCAUGGAACGAUCAUCAGAUAACCUAAGCCGAAAUGAGCACAUCAUUGACAUUCCAAGAAACGCCGCCACUGCAUCAUCUUCUUCUCAUGAUAGAAUCUCAAACGUUUUGGAGCCUUUACACCAUGAUGAGGAGAGACCUUCGAAUUCAGUUGCUCCUCCGGUGCCUGUCUCUCAGCCAGCUACAGCGUCUUCUUCGUCUUCUAUGCGCUCAAAUCCUAGAAGCGUCCGCCGCAGAAGAAGUCCUUUGAAUUCUGGCCUAUGGAUUUCGAUCGAACUAGUCCUCACCGUUGGUCAGAUCAUUGCAGCCAUUGUCGUCUUGUCUUUGUCAAAACAUGAGCAUCCUCGUGCACCUUUGUUCGCUUGGAUCGUGGGUUACGCCUGUGGUUGCGUCGCCACACUCCCGCUUCUGUACUGGAGAUACUAUCAUUCGAACCAGGCCUCUGAACAGGAUUCUGGUCAGCAUCGUCCUAACCUUAACGUUGCAGCAGGACCGUUCGCUUUCUCGAUUUCCAGGACAUCUGAAGGAGAUGGUCGGCAGACCAACACCACGUCUUCUCGUAGUAGAUAUCCUGGGUUCAUAAGUGCUGCUAGGCUUAAAGUGAUUGUGGAAUAUUUCAAAAUGGCUCUGGAUUGCUUCUUUGCGGUGUGGUUUGUGGUAGGUAAUGUAUGGAUAUUUGGAGGGCAUUCAUCUGCAUCCGAGGCUCCAAACUUGUACAGGUUGUGUUUAGUGUUUCUUACCUUUAGCUGUAUCGGCUACGCGAUGCCCUUCAUCCUCUGCACAACAAUAUGCUGCUGCUUGCCGUGCAUAAUCUCAAUCCUCGGAUACAGAGAAGAUUUAACUCAACCCCGAGGCGCCACACCUGAGUCGAUAAAUGCAUUGCCGACUCAUAAGUUUAAGUUGAGGAAAAGCAGAAGUAGUGGCGAUGACAAUGGUUCAACUACUAGCGAAGGUGGAGUUGUGGCGGCUGGAACAGAUAACGAACGUGCGAUUUCAGGAGAAGACGCGGCCUGUUGCAUCUGCUUAGCGAAAUAUGCGAAUAACGAAGAGUUAAGAGAGCUUCCUUGCUCACAUUUCUUCCACAAAGAGUGCGUUGACAAAUGGCUCAAGAUCAAUGCCAGUUGCCCUCUCUGCAAGAGUGAAGUUGGGGAGAAGAACUCUGAUUUGACAAGCCAGGGGAUCUUAAGCUCGCUCUCUUCUGGGGAAAACGAUAACCAGCAACAACAGCAGCAGCAGCGGAACGAACAUAGAGUUGAAAACGGUUUGGCCAGCAGCGUUAUGUAGAUGUCUGACAUGUGCUCAAUUUCGGAGAAAACGGUACGCGAAGGGCGUUUUUCGUUGUUCCUACACAAAAUGGGGUUUGCUUCCGAGAAACUUAAGAAGGUGGAGAAAGAAACCGGUGAGGAAGCUCGUGCGGUGAAAACGGCUUUUGCUUUUCUGUAAAUUGAAAUCCUCUUAGUGCGUAGGAGAGUUGGAAAAUCGGUCACUGAGUUUGAGUGUGUUCCAAAUACUUUUGUUUUUCUUUGUUAAUGUAUUCUCUGAAUUUAUCUCGAACGGAACCUUCAUACAAGAGCCAGGCUUGUUUCGAUGCGCUGUGCAGCUGAAUUGCCUUUUAUCAAUGGACCCUCGGCUUAUAAUAUUAUCACAAUAUUCUACUACAA